UGAUUAUAAUUUCUGAGCAAUGGAGAGACUGUGUAUUGCCGUAAUUUAUAUCUCUAUUGCACUUGCAUCCACUACCCUGGCUAUUCCAAGUGAUGCUGGGAUUUACUCCAGAAGAUUGAAACUAGAAGAACAUAGACACAGACUCAGCAGAAGCUCAACCAGUGAGCCCCUAAGGAAGCUGAAACUACAAAUUCAAGAGGGUUCAAAUUUAAAACCCCAACUGAAAUUCUUGACUGUUGAACCAAAUGCUGU